AUGUGUGAUAUCUGGCAACCGUUGGCUUCCAGGCUCACUAACCCCUGUCGCGUGCUUUGCAUGUGGUUUCUCUUUUUUAUAUUUGGAAGAAACAUUUAGACUGAUUAUCAGAGGUUAUUCGUGUUUUAUUGUAACAUUGUAUUGAAUUAUAAGUGACUGCACUCAGGGUUAAGAAGCUGAAUUUGCUAGCAGCGUAACAGCUGCUGAUGUAACUGAAGGUAAUCACUUGAACUUUGUUUUCCAUCAAUGCGUAAAGUCAAAGUCUGGAGCUUUGUGUCACACUUAACCAGCUUUCUGAUGUCACUCAUGAGGAGGAUCAUAACUAAACUAGUCAGCCCAGUGCUUAUGGGUAAUUCAGGAUCUUCACAUUGUGAGAAGAUGUCCAGUGAAAUAACAGCCAGCACAUCCAGGAGGAAAAAAAUGGUGGUGGGGCUCGGUAACCCUGGAAUGAAUGGCUCCAGGCACAAUGUUGGCAUGGCUGUGAUCGCAGCACUGGCAGAGCGCCUGGGAGUGUCUGAUCAGUGGAAAUCAGACAGACAUGUGUCAGGAGAGGUUAUAGUCUCUGAUUAUCAGGACACACAACUCGUAAUCCUCCGGCCAAAGCUGCUUAUGAAUGUCAAUGGAGUGAGUGUGGCAAAGGCAGCAAGCAAAUUUUCUAUUCGAGCCGAGCACAUUGUCUUGGUCCAUGAUGAACUUGACAAACCGAUUGGGAAGCUUGCCAUCAAACAUGGUGGGAGUGCAAGGGGGCACAAUGGUGUCCGUUCCUGUAUCGACAGCCUUCGUAAUGAUGUUAUGCCACGGCUGAGAAUCGGUAUCGGUCGACCCCCAGGAAACACACCUGUGGACAAACAUGUUUUGGGACGGUUUUCUAAGGAAGAGCAGAACAUUUUAUCCCCUGUAUUAGAACAAAGUGUGGAACUUUUAUUGGCGCAAAUCACAGAGCAAAAACUCCAACAAACCCCAGCAGGGGGCAGCAGAGCAUCAAAGAAGAGGAAAGACAGAAAACCUUCUGCAGUGCAGGGGUCUGAGGAGAAGACACACAAAACUGAUCUGAACUGACAAUAAGCUAAUGAUUAGAAAAUCAUGAUUUAUAAAUAUCAGUUCUGUUUUAAGCAGAUAUGCAACAUUAUGGAAAAGGAACAAAACAUUAUACUUACUGUUAUAAUACAAUAUUGUUAUAUAUAUAUAUAUAUAUAUAUAUAUAUAUAUAUAUAUAUAUAUAUACAGUAUAUGUACAGAUAUACUGUAUAAUAUAUAUAUGUAACAGAUCUACAAGUCCUCAUUCUUGAGAACAAUAUAACUUAUUUUAGGCUAUAAUACAGUUUGUAAAAAUAGUUUUGUGAUAACUUAUUUAACACAAAAUGUCUAAAAAGGGGAGUCGUGCUGAUAAAAAUCAGUUUAUAAAAUGUUGUGUGCAUUUAUUUCCAAUAAACCCCUGA